AUGCCGAAAGCGUCAUCGAUAACAAGCAUUCCAGCUUCGACAGCAGUUCAGUUUUGUUCAUUUGAGGUUUCGGAACCUCUUUCGAAGGCCGACAAAUCCAGCAGCAGGAGCAACGUGCUGCUAGAGAAGGCUCGCGAAGCCUCCGAUGCCAGGCGGAAAACCAAAGACUUGGAAGAGCUUGUGGCAAAGGCUGAAACACCUCAGAAGUUGCUGCAGGUGUGCAACGAUUUGGCGGCGCAUUGGACGCAUGUGCGGGCCAGUGCAUGGUCGGAAGCUGCUGCCCGCGCAGUGCAACUUGCAGACGAGUUACUUCUGCCCGAUUGGAGCUUGCUGCUGACAGCCUUCCGCAACGCCCAGCACGCGGACGUAACGUUCCUGGAGGAGGCUGAGUCUGCCUUGAGAUUGGCCCCAGAUGCAGAAUUUGAGGCACCGAAUCGAAACCACCGGGGGAGACCGGGAAGACCGGGGAGACCUUGGCCUCUGGAGGUCGUUGCGAGUUGCAUUGCCUCUCUGGAGCGUUUGGUGCCUUCGCUGCCUUCAGAACCAGGCCGUGACGACACGGAGCGGCGGCGCGUGGGUGUCCGGUCUAUGAAUGGUGACCCGUAUGACGUCACAGUGUGUGAAGAUGACUGCGUGGGAAGCAUCCGGAAGAUGUUGAGACAUCGAACCUGGGCUCACGUUGAGCUACUUUGCGAUGGAUGCGAAGAUCCCCUGAACGAUAAGGAGCUGGUGAAGAACCUGCCGCUGGGCCCGUUGCACAUGGUCAUUGUCCCAUCCCAGCUGGUGAUGGCUUGUGUUGGAAAGGAGCUCAUUCUAUGGGGCUGUCAAUGUGGCACAGUUGAGACUCUUGCGGUGUUUAAGUCUGCUCCAACUGCACUACUUGCCGAUGUGUCAUCGCAGCGCGUAUUGGUGGGCUGCCACAAUGGUCACCUUGAGCUCUUGAAGAUCAACCAGAAAUGGUCGCUGGACUUUGAGCAUGACCCUGGCCGCGGCUGGGUCACAGCUAUACAGGCCUUCUGGAAGGAUGACCUUGCGGUGGUGGCGUUCCACAAUUACGACUCAGAGCUGGUCAUCUACGAUUUGACGAAGGGGGACUGCUUGAGACGUCUUCCUCAGCCUGAGGAGGUGAUGCCGAAUCAGAUGGCAGUUGGGAUUUCAGGCGGUCACAAGAUCUGCAUCAGCGCAUGCCUCGGCGUGGGUCCGGUGAUCUCGGUGAUCUCGGAGAGCUCGGAGGUCGUGGAGCCCCGGGGACGCCCUCUCAGUCAGCUCUCUGACAGCGGAACCGCCCUUGAUGUGUGCUUCAACCAGAAGCGGAUCGUCACAGGAACCACCACCGGAGCGCUGGAACUGUGGAACUUCUCCACAGGACAGAUCGAGCAUGUGAAGGCAGUGCGACCGCAAGAACGCCAGCCAAAUAUUCGAGCUAUUGCUGCAGACUGGUCCACGGAGAGAGCUGUUACUGCGAGCAGUAAUGGAGCGCUCCGUUUGUGGGAUCUAGACCACGGCUGCAUGCUUUCUCAGAUCCAGGGUCAUGGUAAGCUACUUUCGUGCAUAUCAGCAAACUUCGGCGAAGGAGGUGGACUACUGUGCACUUCUGGCUUGGAUCGCAUGAUGAAACUCUGGAGGAUCAAGACCAGAGAUUCCGGCGACAUCGAGCCCAUCGAGCUCAUCAGUCAGAUGCCGCAGACGCCGAAGGACUGUGGACAGGAAGCUGCAGGUGAUGACUGGCAGCAGCUGAGUUGGAUAGCAUUUGCUUGGACUCUGGCAACUUCUGCUGCGCUCAUGUCUCAUGCAAAGUACCUGGGACGGCAGAAUUUGGAGAAGGGCCGCCUGAAGCAGUUCAAUGGCUGGCAAUUUGUGAUUUGUUGCAUUAUCAUUUGGCACCAUUACUGCAAUCCGACGAUCUUUUCGCAGCUUGCUUACUCUUCGGUCACUUUCUUUGUCUUCUUCUCCGGCUUCAUCACCCAGUAUGCCUAUGCGGACAAGAUGGCAGGAGCCAAAGCAAAUUUCGUCUCUUUUUACAUCCGACGAAUCGGGCGCAUUUUGCCCAUUUACUACGCCAUUCACUUUCUGGUUCUCCUGGCGAAUAGUCAAGCCUGGUCGACGGACUUUAAGGACUCUGUCCUUUUGCUUUGCACUUGGCAUGGUUCAUCACCAUCUACGAACUUUCCUGCUUGGACGGUUUGCGCUUUGUUUUGGUGUUGGCUGUUCGCACCUCUGCCGUCCAAGCUACUCUUCUGGGCCCGACAAAGUAUCGGAGCUCCAACAUAUCCACUGGGCGUUUGGCUUUUGAUGGUGGUUCUGGGCACGUUGGACGAGGUAUGGUCCCGUUCAGCCACGCUGGAUGAAUACAUGGACCUCGAUUUUUGGUUCUAUGAGACCAGACACAACAUCUUUAUCUUCACUCUGGGCAUUUGCUGCUGCGAAGUUGCUCAAUCGUUGCCACCUGCCAGAGGAAUCUGGAAUUGGUUUUGGCCUCUUUGGUGCGAUGCCACACUGAUUGGAACCUUACUGCUUACUGCAAGCUGGUCACCUGAUGGUAUCUCCUGGGGCUCUAGCUUUUGGAGUGGCUGCUACGCACCAGUAGCUCUGUGGGUGUUGUCAUCCACCUUGGGAUACCAGUCGUUGUUGAAUCGGCUCAGUAGCCACCGUUUGCUGCAACUCUUGGGAGACUACUCCAUGCAGAUCUAUUUGUUGGCCAACCCGGUGCAUGACUUCUUUGUUCAUUUUCUUCCAGAGGGAGACCCGAUCCUUCUGUAUCUCUUCAUUUUGGUGAGUUCCAUAGCUGUCACUGAUCUCAUUGAGCAACCCCUUGCUGACCGCCUCAAGAAGUUCUCAGAUCAAAUUCAGCUGCCAGGCAUCCGUGAAGAAGAUGGAAGCCUGUUGGCCGAAUGCGCAUAA